GGAUCUCCUGCUCGACUAGAUUGACUCAACCACUCCAUCAUUGUUACCACCGCCACACGACCUCCGAUGGACGACCCAUCCUAGGAGGCGUAUGCACAGCAGUGGCCCCGUUGGUGGUGGGGAUCCUCCUCCAUGCUAUCAUCGAUCGAACCUAGAUCUAGGGUCGGCAUGAAUGGAAUGUAGGUAAGCAGCAAGCAACCUCUACCAGAAGGGCGGCAUCCGCGGCGCGGAAUAGUCCGUGCUGUUGGUGGUUGUAACGAUACGAGGGAAGAAAUACCAGGGGGUCUUACGCACAAUACCGACGCCAUCGAAAUUCGUUUCAUUAUUGCUUGUUACCCGCGGCUUAUCAACUCCACUCUCCCUUCAUUCUUGUCUUGGUUCAACUGCAGGUAUCGGCCCCGUGAGCUGUUCGGAGAAGCGGCUUGAUAAUUUGAUCCACCAACUUGGAAUAUGGCUUCUGUCAGCGAUGAGUUUCUAUCCUCCGCAGUACCCUACUGGUCGGUGACGACCACGAGCUGGCAGUGUUGAUUAGCAGCUAUACCCUAGAAGCGCUUCGAAGACCAAGACUGACAAUCCCUAUAGUUUACGCUACUACUGCUUCCAGCCCACCGAGUAUUCGGGAUUGCAAGAUUCAGGUUGAAGGCCUAAGCCCUGGCUCGGGAGUCGGACAACCCUGGCAACCCCAGGCCCACCACUGGACCGAGUCUCCAUUCUCCCACAGUUUCCUCCCCGUCCAACUAGAUUACUUCACUAUGUCAGAUAACAGUGCAGACUAGUCCCCGGUCCCGUGGCACCGCGAGUACAAAUGAAAGGGCAGAGUCGCGUGUCCCCAAAGGACGGGGAACGGCUGUACCUUCACCAGUUGCCAACAUGGGCCGUCGUCGCCGGCCAGACCAGCAGCCGCCGAAACCACGCACGCGAGCAGGCUGCUUGACAUGCCGGUCGCGCAAGGUCAAGUGCGACGAACAACGGCCGACUUGCCACCGGUGCCAGAUCGCUCACCGACAAUGCGACUAUGGGCACGAGAUCCGCUGGGAGGACGACUACGUGUCCAAGGGGCUGGCGUUCGGGCGGGCAGGCGUCUGGUCCAAAUCUGGAGGCACUUCGAACUCGCCCAACUCUAUAUCAUCAGAACCAGCGCAGUGGCAGCCUGUGCCGGUGCCCCGGAUCCAACCAUACCAUUUCCUCAACUAUUCUGCCCAGACGUUCGAAGAACCUCUAAGGCUCGACACGACCGAGGGUCUUUCCUCACACAACUUGCAGGUCGGCGGUGAUGGCGGCGCUCAUCUACAGCGACUGGCGUCUAGGCUCAAUGCCGCCCUGGAUAUCGACAGCAGCAGUCCCUACUCGGCCAACUCGUACUCGACGGCGGUAAUCCGGUCGCGGUCGGUGCCAUUGAUCCCGCACUUGGUGGACGAGGACCAGUCGCUGCUGUUGAAUUACUACAUCCAAAAGCUGUGUCCGUUAACAACGUCGAGCAAACUCUCACAAUCACCCUUUGCCUCGCUCAUCCUGCCUUUCACGCUGACCAACUCCAAGACGGGGAUUUUGUCCAUUUUGGCGCUGUCGGCAUGUCACCGGUCCAAGAAGGAACCGGCAUGGCGGAUGCCGGCGAUGAAGCUGAAGGCGCAGGUGUUGCAAGAACUGCAGAACCGGUUCCAGGUGGAGGGUCCCGAAAAGGUGGCCGCCAGCUCCGACACGCUCAUCACCAUGGUGGUGCUGUGUCUCUACGAGAUCAUUCAGGACUGUGACUCGGGCUGGGUGGUACACUUGAAGGGGGCCCAUGACAUGGUGAGGUUCCGAAAGGAGCUGAUCCAGCAGCAGCAGGACCGCCGAGUCCCGGGCGCCGAGGUGGUUGAGGUCAACGACCUGACGGCAUUUGCAGAGCGUUUUUUCGCGUUCCACGAUGUCAUCGGCCGCACGGCGUGUGCGCAGGUGCCGCUGUUCGGGCGCGACUACUGGAACUUUGGCGAGAAGAUUGUCGACGUCUGGAUGGGAUGUAGUCCAGAGCUGGUGGCGUUGCUGUGCACCAUCACCGAACUCAGCCGCGCCGCCUACGCCGACCCAACCAUUUCCAUUACCGAUUCGUUUCUCAAUGCCUGUGCCGUCGCCCGCUUCAAGCUGGAAAGUCUCGAGCAGGCCGUCGAGAAUGACGACGAAUAUCUCAUCAUGUCGGCCAACGUCAAGAGACUCGCCGCCCUGCUUUACCUGAAUUGUGCCCUUUACAAUGCCCUCCCGACCACUCCGCUGGUGAGUCAUCUGGUCGAGCAGAUCAUGCGCGAGGUCGUCCGCUUCAUCGAAAAAGGUUUCAUGACCGGUCUGUCGUGGCCCGUCUUCGUCGCUGCCGUCGAGCUCAACAACUACAACGAUGAGCUGUGGGUGGAUGAACGCUCCGGUCGUCCUGUCCAUGGCCGCAAAUUGGUCCUAGAAGUCCUGCAUGCCAUGGAGACUUCCACCGUCUCCAACAUCGAUCGCAUGCGCACUAUCAUCAGCCAGGUCUGGCAGGCAAGGGAUCUCGAAGAGGACCCGUUCCCCCAGACGGCCGAUAGUCAUUAUUCACGCAAUGACUGGGAGAAAUACGUUGUCCCUGUUAGUGAGAACAUUAGCCUGGUAUAAUUUAUGAUGGAGACGUUGCUUGGCCUGCAAGGGACGAGCGAGAACAGCAGAACUCAAGUUUACGUGUGUUCUGCAUUUACUGACUCUGUGAAAUUUGGCGUAUACUUACUUGUGUAACUAGCUGUACCGACUGGAAGGUGCUACUGUACCGUUUGGUUUGGAUAGGACGAUGGGUACAACCAUCAAGAUUCAACAAGAUAUCUGAGGUACUCGGUAUUAUCCCGAUUCUAGCAGACGUGCUUUAUUUGUUUACCGGUUUCGACAUGGAGUGUCUGGCCCGACUCGAAUCGAAGUAAAUGAUUUAUUUUUCAAGAUACAGAAUGGUCCUAAAUCUAAGCAGCACAUAACGACAUACCCACAUUCGCCAACCGCCAGCAUCACCAUCACCAUCACCACUGCAUCCCUGACACAGACCUAACUAAUGCAACCUCAGACAUGAACAGCAUGACAAUUUCUCUAUACUGUUCUCUAUUUCAUGUGGUCAUAAGUCCUCUCAAAGUAAGCUAUCUGCUCCUUUGCCCACUCCGCAAACUCCUGAGGAUCGACCACGGCAUCCGAGUAAUUUUCCUUCGACUCAUGCUUCUCGCGGUACUCCUUCGCCUUUGCCAAACAUCUGGCAGCAAUGUUCUCAAGACGAUACGUCGCCCACUGGUAGUACAUUUCCGGCUUGAACGAGACGUCGCGC